AUGUCAGACAACGAUAGUGUAGACAUUGAUGAAUGGGAUGACAUUCUGUGCGCUGAGCCGGAAAAAGAAUUCACAAAGGACAGAGAUGCGGGUACUGCUACAGGAGGAGAAGAUGACGAAGAAGGGUGGAAUGAUGCUAUUGCCAUUGAAGUUCAAGAGGGCUACUGUGGACAGCUUAUGAAACAGAUGGAAAUAUUUAGGAAGCAAAAUCUACUUUGUGAUGCAAAGAUUAUUGUGGAUGACCAAGAGCUUCCAGUUCAUCGAAGUAUCCUCUCUGCGUCAAGCUCGUUUUUCAACGACAUUUUUUCGAGAAUCACAGGCGAAGAUGAAAAUAAGAUAACUCUUAAAAAUCUCAACGGACGUGCGAUGGACGACAUUCUUCAUUUCAUCUACACAGGUGAAGCGUACAUCCAUGAUGAUAAUGUAAGACAGCUUCUUGCAACUGCUAAUUUCUUGAAAUUGGAUGGACUUAAGGAAAUGACAAUUGCUUAUUUGGAAAAGAAACUGAAUACUACCAAUUCAAUCGAAAUACUGAUGCUUGCCAAGAAGCAUGAUUGUGAAAAUCUAGCCCAGUCUGCUGAAAGUAUGAUAUCAGAUAACUUUGUUGUGGUUUCAAAGACCGAGGGUUUUAGGAAAUGUAGUUUGGAGAUUUUGUUGGACUUUGUUCAAAGCGAAGACCUCAAGGUGAUGAAAGAAGAAGAAGUUUUUGAGGCUGUAAUUCAUUGGGUCCAGUUCAAUUCUUAUGAUGGGGAAAAGAAUCUAUACAAGAUUUUAAGGUGUGUCCGCAUGCCUUUGAUGUCACCAUUGUACCUAUCUGAAAAUGUAGAAAAGAAUCAAUUUGUCAGAAGAAGUGAGGCUUGUGUGGGUCUGGUACAAGAGGCUCGUAAUUAUAACUUGCCUACAGCUGAUAGAACCCUUUAUGACAGCACUAGAACAAGGCCAAGAAAAUUCAUGGGGGUAGUUUGGGGCAUUGUUGCUGUUGGGGGUUGGUCAAAUACCAAGCCAACAAAAGAUGUGUAUGCAUUUGUCCCUUCUGCUGGGAAAUGGCAUCCAUUGUCUCCAAUUUUUACACCAAGAUAUAGUCAUGCUGUUGUGACAUGUGAUGGAUUCAUCUAUGUCAUUGGGGGCAGAGACGACUCAACAAAGUUGAUUGCAUCUGUACUCCGGUUUGACUCAUCCUCAAAUAGAUGGUCAUAUGUGUCUUCCUUACCAUACCCAAUGGCCGCUCUAGGAGCUGUAGCAUUUGAUGGGCAGCUCUACACUGUGGGAGGCAUGUCUGCAAUCGGCUCUGUCAACUUAGUCAUGAAAUAUAGCACAAGAAAAGACUCAUGGCAAAAUGUCUCACCUUUGAAUAUGCCAAGAGGAGGAGCAGCUGUUGUUGCAGAUGAAAAACAUAUCUAUGCCCUUGGAGGCAUCCAUAAAUCUGGGACAGGAACCACAACAACUUGGAAGUAUCUUGACAGUAUGGAAAUAUAUAACAAAGAGAAAAAUUUCUGGAUGACCUCCACCCCACUACUCUCUCCUCGAGCUUAUGCUAGUGCUGUAUACAUGAAUGAAAGGAUUUAUCUGGUUGGUGGGCAAGGGGAAAUGCUAGGAAUAUGCAAAGGCCUGGAUGUAUACAAUAUUGCCACAGAUGAAUGGAUUUCCUAUCCAUACCUUGGUAUACCACGUUCAAUGAGUGGGAUUUCUGUCAGUGACACCAAGUUUUAUCUUGUGGGUGGAACAAACAAGGAUGGUGACUGCGUCAACACAGUGGAGACUUACGAUGCUUCUAAAGAUCGGUGGACAAAGAUCACCUCAAUGCCAAUGAAGAUUAGUGCAAUUCAAUGCUGUACUGUCCAACUACGCCUGGCUGUAUUACAAGGAAUGACAACCUCGUUGUCUGAAUAA